AUGAGAUCAUAUUCUCAGCAGAAAAUCAAAAUGGUUCCAAGGAGCACUUUGCUGGUUUUUCUGCUGGUUUACUUUCUCGCUUUGAUGCGAGCACGUGGAAGAGACGAGGAUGGGGAAAGUGCGAGUGAAACUACUGAUAGCAAAAAACAGGCCGACAGCACGAAUGAUGGUGAGGAAAACACUGCUUCCCAGGAAGAGGAAAAGAAAGACGACGACGCAGAGAGUGGCGCGAAGGAGAAGUCCGACACAACAAAUACGGAUGAAGGGCAAGAAAGCAAUAGCAAAGGAGGCGGAAGCAGUACUGGUGCAAGCGAGCAGAAAAACGAAGAACAGAAAACAGAUAAAGGCAACGAACAGGACGCCACCGGGAAGCCAGCCGAAGGCGAUGAUUCUGGUGAUGCAAAACCACGCAAAGAUGAUACAGAGGGACUACAGAUGAAAGGUGAGGAUAAGCAGGAAUCUGAAGACGAAAAAGCACCGGCCCAAGAGACGAGCAGCAGUGGAGAUAUCGACAAUGCACCAGCGCCAAAAAAAGAACCUGCGGAUGACGACGAUACUCUCACAACGACACCCGAACCCAGUAGCACCUCUGAGACCACCAGUACCACGCCUGCUGCUGGAGCGGACGAUGAACGUGCAGCGGUGCCUGACAGCCCAGAACCAAGUGCAACUGCUGCGGCAGGAGACAACACCGGCGCCAGUGAAACUACCUCGAUCGGAAAGUCCCGCUCCGCUCGGAUACUUGAUCGCGCGCACGCUGUGGAGAGUCAAGCGAAAAAUUUAAGGAAUGCGAUGCUGAGCAAAGACCUUGGUCAGUUCAACACCGCAUUCGAGGGGUUGCGCCGGGAAUUUUCCAAGCAAAGUCAAGCAAUCACGGAAACUAAGGAAACGUACAAAACAAAAAACGCGGACGCAACUACCGAGAUGCGCAAACUUCGAGAUUCGGUCACGAAGGGCAUAGAAGAGGUUCGAACUGUCAUGCAGAAAGCCAUGAAUGACCUCGCUGAAAAACAAAUGGCAGCUGGAUAAGUAGGCAUACCACGAAAGUGUAUAGCAAUCGUGGAUCCCAGUUUUGAGCUCAAACCCGUAAAU